AGAACCUGCUAUAUACUUUGAUGGAAAUUCAACAUUUGAAUAUCCUCAAUAUCCUUUGUCUUCAGAUCAUCAAUUCUGGACAUUUGACUUAUGGUGCCUUGUUGAUUCAAAAGAUCCAACUAACAUUCCUGGAUUUCCUGUUGAUGCCUGUUCUGUCAUUUUGUCAACUACCCCUCGAAGAGAUUUUAUUAGUGGAUUCAGCAAGUUGGUUCCAGCUCCUCCUAUCUUUUAUAUGCCUUUAUGGACUAGGGAAGAAUUGGAAGUUGUUGCACCCCUUUACUCAAAUGUAGCUAAUAUUUGGAUGAAUCGCUUUGAGCUUUUAGGUGGUGUUCCUCGUCUUGUGCUGGAACAAACUGAACAAGAUCCAACAUCAAUUCUGAUUUCAGCUUGUAAACAAUGUGAACUGGAGGACUGUAUCAAGUUGGUUUCAAUUCAUUCUGAAAUCACCAAAACAAAGACUAUUCAAACACUUGUUCAUCUUAAGUCAAGUCCACCUUAUAAAGAUGCUACAGUGAUAUAUGCCUCAGAAACUGCAAUGAAGACUAUUGCUCAUACUAAAUGGACUUAUGAACGUCUAAAGAUGCAGAGUCUUCUUGGUUCUUGUGCUGGAAAUCCUCUUGCUGCAGCCCUUUGUGGAUACAUCUUUGAACCCCAUUCCAUUGAUUUAUUGGAACAAGGUGGUACCUUCCAAUGUCGAGAACUUGUCUCUGGUAGGAAAAGUCUCAAGUCUGGUUCCUUUGACCUCAAGAUUCCAAAAUCAAGACUCCCUCCACAAGUUGUUGACCAUGUUGAAGAAAACCAAACUCACAAUCAAUUGUACAUUCCCAAGACUAAAAAUUAUGCUGCCAUUGAUGCUUGGAUGCCAAAUUUUGGUGGUUUUCAAAUGACUGUUGGAAAAAAUCAUGACAUCAAGGGUGGAACAUCAUCUGAUUUGGAGAAACUAGGUCCUCAUGGUAACAAACUAUACUUUCUACUCCCACCUCUUCACUUUGAGUCAUUCACUAAGAAAACACCACAAACAAUCAAUCAGUUUGCAAUUCUUAUUCCCUAUCCUGAAAAA